UGACUCUCACCGCAGUAUUACCCAGCACUGAAGGAUCGCAGAGGAGAGUCGCACUACAGACCCCAUCAUGAACUCUACACACAGCUCCAUCUGCUGCAGUUGUGCACUACAGGUCCAUACACUGAAUCGCUUCUGGAUGCUCCUGUGUUGCCUCAUUAUCCUGCCCCAGUGGCCAGUGGUGGCUGAGAAUCUCUGUGGUUCCGAGCUCGUGGACACGCUGCAGUUUGUCUGUGGCGACCGAGGCUUUUAUUUCGAUAAGAAUUCCGUAAAGCCAAGUACAGGGAUCGUGGAGAGAUGCUGUUUCAAGAGCUGCGACUUGCAGCUGCUGGAAUCAUACUGUGCGACUCCCGAGACGGCGAACUCCAUGUCCCUGUUUACUCCCACCCAACAACAGGAGGAAAGUUUGCAUAAGCCAUACAAAGAGAACAAGUUUUCCCAGUGGGUUUUAAGAAGCAAGCAUGCAGCUCAGGAGCCGAGCUCCCCCCGCAGUCAGACGUCGUUGAUGGCUCUGCUGAGCAAGAUGCCAAGGAAGGCCGCAGGACCUCGGCGAACAAGGUUAUGAUAGCAUGGAGGAAGGAGGGAAGGCAGGACGCACUAAUUCCCACAGGUCUUUCCUCUUCGACAUUACUGUGAAUUCAAUGCUAAUGAUCAAAAUCAGAAUGGAGAAGUGAGCUGGAGUGAACCAGUGGAUUUUGUUCAGCAAAAAGUUUUGCUCAUCACGCUGUUCUGAACUGUUUUGCUCUCUCUCUCCUCACUCUUGUGCCUCUGCUCUCUCUCAUCAUCUGGCCAAGAGGAAGAAAUUCAGAAUUCCUGCAACAGAAUUUCAAACAGCUGAUUCUCAAUAUGCCCUGUAGCCAAUAUCAAUUUUCCGUGUGGGCUCUUUAUUAGAGGAAAGUGAGGAUAUCUGGACAGAAAAUAACUGAAAAUCACACUCACUCACUAAGUUUCCUCAGGCAAAGCACACGAAGCCUGCGUUUCGGGGCUCAAGUUCACCCGCAAGUUCGAGUUCCAAUUUAUCAUCAUCACUGUUACUUUCAAGUUUAUUUAUUAGUGAUGCAGUGCGGAAUAGACCCUUCCAGCCCUACGAGCCACUCCGCCCAGCAACCCCCAACAACCCCGAAUUAACCCUGAACCUAAUCACAGGACAAUUUACGAUGACCGAUUGACCUACCCGGUACACCUUUGGACAGUGGGAGGGAGCAGAAGCACCCGGAGAAAUCCCACACAUCCCACAAAGAGGACUCCUUACGAAGGUCACCGGGAUUGAACUCCGAACUUCGCACCCUGAGCUGUUAUAGUACCACACUAACCGCUAUGUUACCGUGGCACCCUAAAUACAGUGUACACUGGGUGUCAGAAUUAUAAAUAGAUCGUGCUCAGGAUGGGUCAGGCAGAAUCAGUGGAGGGAGAGAGGCUUUGGCAAUCUAUUAUCUAUUAAUUAUGAGAUAAUUAUCUAUUAUAUCUAUUAUAAUAGAUAUAAUCUAUUAUCUAUAAUAUUAUUACAAUAGAUAAUCUAUUACCUAUUAUUAUAGAUCUAUUAUCUAUUAUCAUUUCUCCAGAGAUGCUGUCCAACCUGCUGAGCAUUUCCAAUAUUUUCUCUCCCUAGUAACCUCUCAUCAAAUGUCCUACAAUUGGGUUGCAGAAAAAGCCUAAAGCAGCAUGGAAGCCGGACGGGGCAGGGGCUGCGGUGGGGGAAGGGUGAGGAAGGUCGCAUAAAAUCCUCCUGUGAACUUGGCACAGUCAACCUACCUACAAAGGACCUUUCCCUCCCUGAAGUCUUAAGCAAAAUCGGAUAUGGCAUUGGCUGGCUUCACAAUGAUCAAUCACCUGCAGAGGAGUGUUCUCACCAUUGGCACUGGUCAACUUCAGUGACAAUUGUAGGUGCCCAUUGUCUCCGAUGUCAAACUACCUAGAGCUGUACUUAAUGCCUGUUGACUUGAUUUGUAUGUACAGUGGUUCAGUGGAUUCUGGUUCAUUGGGACACAUCAGGACCAGCACAUUUUGGGCCCAAUUAUAACAUUCAAGAUGAUUGAUGAUUCCUUCAAAUUCUUUGUAGUUCCUAACUUGAAGCAGUGAAAUUGUUCCAUUUUCACUCCCGGUUGUUUCUGGCAUCCCCAAGUCUGAAUGCUUGAAACCGCAGUGGGCACAGCAGUUCUGGAUUGUCUCACUGCUUAUUUCUCACUGACUGUCAGUGACAACGAUGACUGCUUUUUGAACACAAACAUGCGUAACUGAUGCUACUUAAGAACUCUUUACUCUAAGCACGGUGCGGUAUCUAAUGGCCACACGAUGCUAGGUAGAAACUGUUCGGCAAUUGUGUCCUACUCCAAUUAAGCAGCACAGUGUCCCAAAUAAACAAAGAAAAUCCUGGCUAUUUUCUCAAUUAGCUUUUGUCCUUUAAAAGCUAUCUCCCAGAUAACUGGCUGCCCUGAUUAAUGGAUGCCCAAUUCACGGAAUCCACUGUAUCCCAUCGCAAUUUGUCUAGUAACCAUGUGUCAUCAUUACAGGUCUUUGCCAGCAUUAUAACACGUUACAGUGUGACUCUACCGUAACCCAUUGCUAUUAUAUACCAGAACAUUGCAAUGUCGAUCCACUAAUUUUCAGUAUUCACAGUGGAUGAUGUGCUUUAUAAGCUGAAACUUUCUCCAGUCUUUGUAUUGUCAGUGCGCAAAGGAAUAAAGAGAGAUUUCCACUUCCUGGGAAGUCCCUAGCAGUUAGUGUAAUGCCAUUGCAGUGCUACUGACCGGCUUCAGGUCUGCCACUGUUUGUAACGACUUUCUACAGUUUCCUGGUGACCACGCAGAUUUCCUCCGGCUGCUCUGGUUUCCUCCCGCAUCCCAAAGACAGAUUGUUCUGGAGGUUAAUUGGGCGUAAUUGGGCCACAAGGGCCUGUUAACUUGCUGUAUCUCUAAAUAAUAAAGUAAAUAUA